GGAAAGGUGUCACAUGACAGAGUGGUGCCAAUGUUAUUCUAUAAGAGUGUCAAGACCCUGUCAGUUUGUGAAAUAAAUAUUGGGAAACAACGAGAUGCAAAAGGCCACUUACUACGACAGCUCUGCAAUAUACAGUGGCUACCCUUAUCAAGGAGCUAAUGGUUUCAGUUAUAAUGCCAAUCAGCAGCAAUACCCCCCAUCAUCUCAUGUGGAAAGUGGCUACCAUCGACCCGCUUGCUCUCUGCAGUCACCAGUCACUCCAGUUCCCCAUCAGAAACCCAAUGAUAUCACAGACAGUUGCAUGCGGACCAGUGGUAGCCAGGCCAACCAACCAACGAUUAUUCUGGAAAAACAGCAACAGCAGCAGCAACCUGCACCCCAAGCUGCUCCACCGCCCCCGCCCCCUUCUGCCUCACCACCCCAGAACACCAGCAACAGCACAAGCAAGAACCCCACGCAUACUUCACCGAAUGCUGCCACAAACAAACACAUUUUCCCUUGGAUGAAGGACAGCCGACACAAUUCGAAACAGAAAAACAGUAGUUCCAGUUCAGCUGAAAGUUGUGCUGGUGAUAAAAGUCCCCCUGGUUCGGCUGCUUCAAAGAGAGCCCGUACUGCAUACACAAGCGCACAGCUGGUGGAGCUGGAAAAAGAGUUUCACUUUAACCGCUACCUUUGCAGGCCAAGGAGAGUCGAAAUGGCCAACUUACUAAGCCUCACAGAAAGACAAAUCAAAAUCUGGUUUCAGAACCGCAGGAUGAAGUACAAAAAGGAUCAGAAGGGGAAGGGGAUGAUGCCGUCCCCUGGGGGCCAGUCCCCUGGGAGUCCUGUGCACCAGUCUUCCACGGGAGGAUAUCUCAACUCUAUGCAUUCGCUAGUAAACAGUGUACCAUAUGAACCACAGUCGCCAACGGCUUACAGCAAACCUCAUCUCAAUGCAUAUGCUCUCUCCACAUCAUAUCCACCGCCUCUGAAUAGCUCUAUUAAUAAUUGCCAGCCUCCACAGAAGAGGUACACUGGGGCAGCCGCUGUUACGCCUGAAUAUGACACACCCCCUCUUCAAGGCAAUGGUGGCUAUGGGACUCCUCAUUUGCAGGGAAGCCCAGUAUACGUUGGAGGUAAUUAUGUUGAUGCCAUGGCUAAUUCUGGACCUUCCAUUUUUGGUUUGACACACCUCCCUCACCCAUCUGGCAACAUGGACUAUAAUGGCGCUGGAACCAUAUCCAGCAACCAUCACCAUGGACCUUGCGACCCUCACCCAACAUAUACCGAUCUCUCUUCUCAUCAUUCGUCUCAGGGGAGGAUUCAGGAAGCACCCAAAUUGACGCAUCUGUAAUGGACGAGUUAGCUGUGGGAAGAUAUCCUCUUAUCUUAUUCAUUACCUUACCUCUGAUCCCACACUUUUUUGUAUUGACUAGCCUAUCUACAUUUAUAGUUUAUGUGUGAUGUAGUAGCAAUACUUUCUUGCUUGAAUUUUACCUAUAGCUUUGUUAGUGUCAACAAUUUCCUAUUUUAUUUUCUAUACUUUUAUCAAAACAGGGUAUUUGAACAAUUUUUUCUAAAAUGUGUAAAUGUAAAUUUGUUCUUGAUUUAUUUAUCCAGUUUUUAAAAAUGGCUAAAGAGCACAUGAACUAGGGUUCAAGGGGAAUCAAGCCUCCCAGUGUGUGUAGUCUGAUGGAGAUUCACAUUUAUUUAUUUGUUCUUGAGAAAUAGAAUAUUCUAAAUGUAUUAUUUACCCCCAUUCUGCUCAUAUUUAUAAAGAAAUGGUACAAUUCAUAUUCUAGUUAGCCUCUUUGGCUUUGUUUUGAACACUUUAUGAAUACAAGACACCAUUCCCCAAGUACAUUUCAAAGAGAAACUUUUUAAUGGUGUUUGAACAGCGAUGAUGCAAUAAGAUGAAAGACAACACGCAAUUCAGAAAUAAUAACCUGUAAAAUGUUUGAUAUGGAACAUUCAAAUUUCUGAUUCUUUGUCAUACAUUCUAUACUGCUCUAGUUCUGACAAAUAAAUCAUAAAAUUAAAAAACAA